AUGUCGAUCCCACCGCCGCCUGUCGAUUUCGCGUACUUGCAUGACUCGUUGCAACAGGAUGCGGACCUGAGGGAGAAGAUCCGGGAUGCGGUCAGGGACGUCGAGAGGGAGGAACGAGCGAUCCAGGCCGUGUUGAACCGCGUGCAUUCCGUCACCAAGCAACAGGGUCCGUUGGAGGGUGCUGAUGAUAUAAAGUGUCGUACACUCGGACUGUCGUCACUGACCUGUUCUCUCCAUUCCUUGGCCCCUUUCCUCCUCGGCAGUCACGGAGCUGCUCACCUCGGCUGCCAGUCUGAGUGCACCGCUGCAAUCCUCGAUCGCAAAACUAGCAUCCCUCAUCCCGACCGACCAAUUCUACCGCUACAACGACCAGUUCUCCCGUGCGCUCCAAGUCGCCAGUUUUCUGAUCGUGUUCGCUCGCUUCUUGCUUCAAGGCGACGUACCGUCCAAGAAUGACGUCGAGAGUAGUCUUGGCAGUAGGUUAUGAUCAGCUUUGUUGGUGGCAAAUAUUGCACGACCUUGUACUGACCAUGGUACUGGUUCUGGUUGUACUCGCUUCGUGCUCGGUCUUGCUCCUUCCAGUCCAACCCGAAUGGAAGGAUCAUUUCUUCCUCCCGACCGAGGAAUACCUGCAUUCGCUCAUCUCGCUGCUCAACGAACUGGUAGGUUUGGAAGUCACAUACCUUUCAGCAGAAAAUUGUUCACUGAGAGUAUCAUUUCCAUGCAUCCUCCGCAGUCUCGACUGGCCGUAAAUCGAGUUACGCUCGGCGAUUACGAAUCCCCCCUUCAAUUUUCCCAGUAAGUUCGAUCACAAUCUGAGCCCCGGAUGUAUGCUUCGGCUCACUCAUUGCCACCUGCGUCUUAUCUGCACGACCUUCUGUGCCGCCCAGGUUUGCUAAAGAGCUCUCGACUGCCUUCGGACUGUUGAGCCUGAAGAAUGACAGUUUGCGCAAACGCUUCGAUUCGAUCAAGUACGAUCUCAAGAAGCUCGAAGAGGGUCAGUUGCAUACUCUACGGGUGAGUACUCUCGUGAAGGAAGCCGUUUACUUAUUAGCUUGUUCAUUCCGAGCAGUUGUGUACGAUCUCUCCUUGCGAGGGCUACUCAAGUCGGCUUCGGCAGUGGCGUCUACCCUCUCGACUAUGGACGAAGAGCAAGCACCAACAAAACGAGGGAGGAUGGAACUUGCGUCCGAAGGCUAA